AUGAAAACUGCAUUCGCUUCUGCUCUGAUUUUUAGUGCUGCGGUCGCCUUCGUGACCGUAGCUGCUGCUCCGUGCAAUACUACUGCGUUGGCGGAACUUACUACGACUGAAAAUGUGAGUACGUGUAGCUCAGAUUCGGGAUACAGCCUCACGUCGAUGGCAAUGCCAAGCAAUGCGCAGAUCACUGCGUUUUGCAACAGUGAUGCGUGCCAGGAGUCACUCAACGCCGUGAAGCAAGUUGCACCAGACGAAUGUACUAUCGGUUCCAUCCGUCUGUACGCUGAUGUGAUCAAUCCUCUAUCGGAGCGCUGCGACAUGAAGUCGGGAUCCGCUACAGCUGCUGGGUCGAUGAAAGCAGGGUCUGGUCCCAUGGAUGAUGAUGUCGGAAAUACGACCUCCCCUGCAAGCGCUUGUAUGGCUGGAUCAGCGAUGGACCAGCCAAAUAGCACCACUCCCCAGCCAAAUACGCGUCCAACCACUCGAUCACCGUCACCAAAUUCUUCUCCUGUUGCUGCUGGAAACGGAGGUACUGAUACACCCACGCUUUCGAUGUGCGCUGCUAUAGCUGUACUCGCGACGGUGGUCUCUGCGAUUCUCUAA